AUGUUUCCUGUCACGUGACUAAGAAGACGCGGUGGACGGUUUCUCGUGUGUUGCUCGUUCUUCAAAGCUAAUCGAACGGUGAUCAUGACUCAGGCUGAGAAAGAACAAGAAAACGGCAAAGAGAAGGAAAAGGAGAAAGAGAAGGAGCAGCAGCGCGGGGUGAAGAGGCCGAUAGCUCCUCCUGCUGUCCCGGAGCUCCUGCAGGAGCAGGUACAGAGUAAUUUUGUGGUGGUGAUCCACCCUGGCUCCAGGAUGCUGCGCAUCGGCCGAGCGACGGACACACUCCCUAUGACUGUGCCGCACGUGAUUGCACGCAGACACAAACAAAGUGGCCAGCCCAGGUUUGAGGACCCAUGGCUGCUCAGAGACGGUCUGAAUAAACCUGAGAGUAACGAUCAGAGACAGAAUGGUCUGAAGAUGGUGGACCAGGCCAUCUGGUCCAAGAAGAUGUCCACUGGCGUGCGGAGGACGCCUGUCUCUGCCGAACAGGCCCGGGCAUAUAACUGUCAGAUCCGUCCGGCGGUCCUGGACAGCAGCUCUAGGGUGAAGUGGACCAACACGUCUCACCAUCCUCACUACCUGGUGGGCGAGGAGGCUCUUUAUGUGAAUCCGUCGGACUGUUACGACCUGCACUGGCCUGUGGUCAGAGGUCAACUCAGCGUGCACGCUGGCCCAGGAGGCUCGCUGACGGCCGUCCUGGCCAACCUCGAGACCAUUUGGAGUCACGUCAUCCAAAAGCACCUGGAGAUCCCCAUCAAAGACUUGAAGUAUUACAGAUGCAUCCUAUUGGUCCCUGACAUCUACAACAGGCAGCAUGUGAAGGAAAUGGUCAACAUGCUGCUGCGUAACAUGGGCUUCUCGGCCAUCAUAGUGCACCAGGAGUCUGUGUGCGCCACAUUUGGCAGCGGCUUGAGCAGUGCGUGUGUGGUGGACGUGGGAGACCAGAAAACCAGUCUGUGCUGCGUGGAGGACGGCGUGUCGCACCGCAACUCCAGGUUGUGUUUGGCGUAUGGUGGCUCAGAUGUGACCCGCACUUUCUUCUGGCUCCUGCAGAGAGCAGGCUUUCCCUAUAGAGAGUGUCAGCUGUCCAACAGGCUGGACUGUCAGUUACUGCAGCAUCUCAAAGAGACCUUCUGCCACCUCGACCAAGACAUCUCAGGACUACAGGAUCAUGAAUUCCAAACACGUUUCCCAGAAUCCCCUGCUCUUCUCUACCAGGUUCGACUCGGAGAUGAGAAACUACAGGCUCCAAUGGGUCUUUUUUACCCGACCAUGUUUGGCAUCGUUGGUCAGAAGAUGACGUCACUUCAGUACCGUUCCCAUGGUGACUCAGAGGAUCCAUACGAUGAGCACUAUCUGCUGUCCACCCAGAGCAAGCAGGACCAGUCCUCCAAAUCUGCUGGAGACCGGAGGACCGCCUGCAGGCCGGGCGUGGCCUUGGACGGUGAGCUGAGCGGUCAAGGAGGGGUGGGGGAUCUGUUGGACCUACCCAGGGGCUGUGGGAGUGGCAGCAUUGGGGGCAUGGCCCAAGGUGACAUGGAGCUUGGAGCGGCCCAGGGGGAGUGUCUGAUGGCGGCGGGUGAGUUGGAAGAGCCGCUGUCUGCCCUCCAGUCCAGGAAGGCGGCCAUCAUGAGCCAGUUUGAGAGUAAAGCUCUGGGUCUGGACAAAGCGAUCCUGCACAGUAUCGACUGCUGCGUAUCUGAUGAGACCAAGCGAAAGAUGUACAGCUCCAUCCUGGUGGUGGGAGGAGGACUCAUGUUCCACAGUGCACAGGACUUCUUGCUGCACCGCAUCGUCAACAAGAUGCCGCCGUCCUUCAGACGGCUGGUGGACAACGUCGAAGUAAUCACACGGCCGAAGGACAUGGACCCUCGUCUGAUAGCAUGGAAGGGCGGAGCUGUGUUGGCAUGUCUGGACACCACCCAGGAGAUGUGGAUCCACCAGAGGGAGUGGCAACGCUUCGGCACACGAAUGCUGCGAGAGAGAGCAGCUUUUGUCUGGUGAUACCAGUCACAUUCCACGCUGAGCUGCAGCGACAUCUGAAGCCUGUUUGGACUUCUCAGACUGAUGCAUUCGUCUUCCGUUUCCAACAAAAACCAGCUGUGAGCUUCACUUUGUCUCAGCGCUACUCCCACACUUUGUUUUUGUAGAACUUAAAUUUUGUUUGAAGAAAAAUUUUCUUUGCAAACUGAGGUCAUUGAUUAAAUUGUUUGUGUGUGUGUGUAAGUAAAACGUUUAAAGAAAUAAGAACAAUUUAAUGUUUUCCAUCGUUUUAAGAGGCUUAACAAAAUGGCAGACUUGCCAGAACAAUUUAACAGCAUCUUUAUUUAAAGUGAAGAAUACAAAGAGAUGAACUUCCUGUUUCUCAGGAUGGACGAUGAAGCGAUGCGGGCAGCUGCUGGAUCAGCCCCCCCGGCCCCUACAAGUAGGAAUUCCCAGGAAGGCGUCAAAAAAACUGCUCAAAGCAGUAGCAGCUCAGAAGGAGGGGCUAAUGCACUGUGGGCGGAGCCCCACGCCUACACAUCCAGUGUAGGCAUUUACCUACACGAAGAAGGGGGAAAAUUAAGGUGCAAAUCUCCAACAAGAUGGAACACAGGCUGCCAUGGUGAUGAUGGGUUUAGAAAGAUCUUAGUUUGAGGCUGAACAAUAAAAU